CAAGCAGCGAAAAGCAGCGCAACGUUCGAUGAUGAGCGGAAGAAAAGGAGGCAAGAAGGGCAAAGGUGGCGGUGGUCGCAAGGUCAACGUCAUGCACACGGGCAUCGCUGAGGCACCGUUCAUCCAGCAGUUGAGAGCAAAGCACGGCCUGAAAUCGCGGGAGGAGCAGCGCAACAACGACCUCAACGCCAAGUUUGACAAGAAGCGAAGAGAUGCCCCGCGGUUCAGUGACGAUGACGAUGACGAUGAUGAUGAUCCGAAUCUCCUCGACGUCAGAGAUGAAGAGCAACCGACCGUUGUUGUGCUGAACAAGGGAGACCUGACCCAGUCCGAGGCCGAGCAGGCCAUCCUCGCUGGCGCAGAGGGGGCGCAGGGUGUGCUGUCUGCAGCGAACGCAACAACAGUGAAGCAGCGGUUACAAAAGGACCGCGAGAACAUGAAGCGCACGCUGCACGCAACGACAAAGAAGACCAAGCACAAGGACAGGGCUGGUGAUGGCGAUGGUGAUGGUGAUGGUGAUGGUGGGGCUAAGGGAGGAAAGCAGCAGAAGAAGAAAAAGGCGAAGAAGGGCAAGCUGGCCAAGUCCCUCAGCAAGAAGAACACGGGGCUCUUGUCCUUCGGUGAUGACAUGUGAUGGUGUGUUGGUGUGUUGGUGUGAGUUUGCCUUGUGUGUGUAUGUGUGUGAGUGUGUGUGCGUGAGUAAGUCAGUGUGCGCGCGCGUGUGUGUGUGUGUGUGGUUCAGCUGUACUGUAAUGAAUAGCGCAUAGUUGACGUUGCACUGUUGUAUCUUUUGUACAUACACACAAACCGCAACGGCCAAUAAACGAACGCAAGAUGAGACA